AUGAUUUUGUUGCGUCAUCCAGAGGAUAACUUGGACGCUGAUAUAAUAAGAAGAUCCUGUGGUCAGGAUAGCAGAGUACCCAGUGGGGGAGAUGAUAUGGUUGAGGUCGAGCACUUGCGUCAAGAGAUAACUUUAACUCUAGCAUCAGCCCAAAUGAAUUUAAGAAAAUGGAAAUCAAACAUGCAGUUAGUUAACGGAGGUGACACGUCGCAGUCUUCGCUAGACUUAAAUAUGGGAGGACUUGAAUCGACUAAAACAUUAGGUUUAGGAUGGCAGGCAAUGUCUGAUGUAUUGUGUUUUCCUAUCAGUGAUUCAGUUAAAGACA